GUGAAACCCAGCAGCCACAUUAGAGCCCCGGGACUCGAGAAUCAGCCUUCAGAAAACAGCAGUGGAAGUAAACAGCUUGGGCAAAUUUUACAAGUGGGUGCCGAGGAACAGCUAGCAAAGCUUUGGAUCAGGCCAGUGGUCAGAAGUUCCCCAACAGUUAAAUGAGAUAUCAAGUGCUGAUUAGGUGUCACAUGAUGUGGGCAGGGGGAUGGGCACUCCCACCAGCUGGAGGAUGCUGCUUGCACUAAGUGGAGCCCCAAGCAGUGCUAGUUUAGCUAGCUUUUACUUGAAAAGCCUUUCUUUUGUAUCCCCCUUCUUUCCCUCUUUUCCUCUCCCCAAGUAAGAACAGGAGCACUUCCAGUUCACUUAUCUUUUUUUUUUUCUUCCCUGCACAGAGGACUUCUCAUCUAGAUCAUCAAUAAAAGUUCUGUGAAACUUUUUAUCAGUAUGUAUUUGGAAAACAACAACAAACUGGAAAUGGAGCUCAAGCAGAAGACCACUCCAUCCAACCCUGUGCUACAUGGGCAUGCCAUAUCUGAAGCCAUGUCUGGGAACUUUGGGGAACUGAGAUUGCUUGAGGGAUUCACUGGAUUUCGCGCAACUCCAGCUUACCAAAAUGGUGCUGUGUCUAUAGGUCACUACGUUGUGCACGAAGAUCAACUGAACUCCGAGUCUGCAGAGAGCAGCCGAUUCAAUGUGCUUCGAUUUCUAAAAGGGAAAUCAAAAGGAAAUUCCUUCACAGAGACAUCUCCGCUACUAAAGCUUUCUACUGAAAAUGAUGGAAUUACAUACAUGGCACUUCAUGAUCCCCAAUUUACUAUUGCUGAAGACUCAUGGGAAAGCAGUUCAGCUGAGCUUGAAAAAAGAUGUCGCCUUGGAAGUGAAGUGGGUAGCCUCUCAAGAUCAGCAUCCACAGAAAAAUGUGACCCACUAGACAACCGUCAUGCUAAAUUUACCCUUUCUAAUAGUUUAAGGUGCUGUUUGAAAAUUUUCAAGAUCACAACCAUUUUUGUUAUUGUUUUGACUUGCUCAUUUUUGUUUAGCAAAUACCCAGACCAAGAAAAUCCCUGGCGCAUGUUUGCUGUUUCAUCUUCUGAAAGCUUUUCUAUGAAUUUUACAAACUUUGGAAAUAAUGCCCUACUGAAAUUAGAAGUUGCUGGUCCUUUUCUUGAGAGUGCAGCUGGCAAAAAAGCAAAUGAGUACAUAAUCAUUCAGGUUGAACAAUUUGAAGAUUCUGGCCAACGGCGUUGGCGUCCUCAACAGGUAUCUUACAACUGGACCAUUCCCUUAAAUUCCAAGAGAAAUGAUCAGGUAACCAGGACAAAGAUGUUUGAAAUGUUGAGCAGCAUUCCUGCGUCUGUAACUGUCCAGGCCUUUCUCCAGAACAGUGAAGUUGUUCCACUGUCAAUGACUCGGCAAUUCCUUUAUGUAAAUGUGGCGACUCAGGGUAUAAUAGCAGCUGUCAUCCUAGCAGGAGUCUAUGUUCUUAUUAUAUUUGAGAUUGUUCAUCGAACUCUUGCAGCAAUGCUGGGCUCACUGGCUGCAUUGGCAGCACUUGCUUUCAUUGGUGAUCGGCCAAGUCUGAUGAAAGUGGUGGAGUGGAUUGAUUAUGAAACGCUUGCACUUUUAUUUGGAAUGAUGAUUUUAGUGGCAAUAUUUUCUGAUACAGGAUUUUUUGAUUACUGUGCUGUGAAGGCAUAUCGGCUCUCCAGAGGUCGUGUGUGGCCAAUGAUAAUAAUACUGUGCCUGAUUGCUGCAAUUUUAUCAGCCUUUUUAGACAAUGUGACUACAAUACUCCUUUUCACACCUGUUACUAUCAGGUUAUGUGAAGUAUUAAAUCUAGAUCCUCGCCACGUCCUGAUUGCAGAAGUAAUUUUUACAAACAUUGGAGGAGCUUCCACAGCUGUAGGGGAUCCACCAAAUGUGAUUAUAGUUUCAAAUCAGCAUCUGAGGAAGCAAGGCAUUGACUUUGCAGCAUUUACAGGACACAUGUUCCUUGGGAUAGCCUUGGUUCUACUGACAUCAUUUCCUUUUCUCCGGCUUCUAUACUGGAAUAAAAAAUUAUACAAUAAAGAACCAAGUGAAAUUGUUGAACUCAAACAUGAGAUUCAUGUCUGGAGAUUAACUGCACAGCGUAUUAGCCCUGCUAGCCGAGAAGAAACUGCUGUAAAAUGUCUCUUGAUGCAGAAGGUGCUUACUUUGGAAAGCCUGUUACGUAAAAAGUUACAAACAUUUCAACGCCAAAUUUCACAAGAGGAUAAAAACUGGGAAACUAAUAUUCAGGAAUUACAAAAAAAGCAUAGAAUAUUUGACAAAAUUCUUCUGGUAAAAUGUUUAACUGUUCUGGGCGUUGUCAUCCUGAUGUUCUUUCUCAAUUCUUUUGUUCCUAAUGUUCAUCUAGAUCUCGGUUGGAUCGCCAUAUUGGGAGCGCUGUGGCUGCUAGUUCUAGUUGACGUUCAAGAUUUUGAUAUAAUUUUACACAGAGUGGAAUGGGCUACACUUCUUUUCUUUGCUGCUCUCUUUGUUCUGAUGGAGGCACUGGCCCAUUUGCAACUUAUUGAUUACAUUGGGGAACAAACAGCACUUCUGAUUAAGGUAGUACCAGAAGACCAGCGUCUGAUGUGUGCAAUAAUUCUGGUAGUUUGGAUUUCAGCUCUGGCAUCCUCUGUAAUUGACAAUAUACCUUUCACUGCCACAAUGAUUCCAGUUCUGUUGAAUCUAAGCCAGGAUGCUGAUCUGAAUUUGCCUGUAAAGCCACUCAUUUUUGCUUUAGCAAUGGGAGCAUGUCUUGGUGGAAAUGGUACUCUGAUUGGUGCAUCAGCCAAUGUAGUCUGUGCUGGAAUUGCUGAACAACAUGGCUAUGGCUUCUCGUUUAUGGACUUUUUCAGGCUCGGAUUCCCAAUGAUGCUUGUAUCCACCACUGUGGGCAUGUGCUAUCUUCUUGCAAUUCACAUUGGACUUGGAUGGAAUAUUUAAUCUGUGCCAGAACUGGGACCAGUAAAAGCCACUCCGUACUUAUAAUCGUUUAGGGUAUAACUCUAAGACCAUUGUCAACAAAUAACUGUUUGUUAUUGAUUAAUGUCUUACAUCAUGUAUGGCGUGUUUUCUACACAGUUACAAUCCAAAGUCAAAAGUGCACAAGGGAACAAAGUAUGUAUUAAAAAGUGUAUACAAGACAAGAUGUCUGUUCAGCAGCAUGAGUCCUAAAGAGUAGUUUUGACAUUAAUCUCAUCCUAAGAGCAUAUAAAUGAAAAAAAAAGUAAAAUAUUUUCACUGUUUUGAUUAAAACAAUAAUAUAAGUCUUAACAUAUUUACUACAAGAUAUAUUUACAAUAAAGCCUAUUUGUA